AUGGAUAUGAAAAAAGUGAGGAUCGGAGGGUUCGUGGUAAGCAAUGUCCCAUGGUUAAGCCGUGCAAAUAAAGGAACUUGUGGCUGCCAUUGGGUCGCUGUCACAAUCACGGUCAGAGAAACGCCAAACCUUACACUAGGUAUUUCUGAACAUCCAAGCCCAACAACCAGCUCUGUCGGAUCCAACCCGGAUCGAAAUAUUACCGGGUCGGGUUAUGGAUCUUCGACGGCCAAUGAAGGAAAGAAGAAGCAGUAUAGAGGGGUUCGGAGGCGACCAUGGGGAAAAUAUGCAGCGGAGAUAAGAGAUCCAACCCGGAAAGGCUCACGGGUUUGGCUCGGAACUUACGAGACCGACGUAGAUGCUGCCAGAGCUUACGAUUGUGCAGCUUUUAAGCUGAGAGGAAGAAAAGCCAACCUUAAUUUCCCGUUCGACGCCGGGAAUUUAAUACCGCCGGUGACAAUUGGCCGGAAGAGGAGAAUAGACGGGUGA